AUAUUGUUUACAUGUUACAAGAUCUGGAUAUACUUGAAGACUGGACUACAAUCAGAAAGGCAAUGGCAACACUGGGUCCUCAUCGUGUAAAGCCCGAAGUUACAGUAAAAAUGGAGAAACAUCAGCACACGGCAAGAUCAGAGGAUGGGAGGCUGCAUUAUGAUGGAGAAUGGUACGGACGAGGGCAGGCAAUCUGUAUAGACAAGAAAGAUGAGUACCCAACCAGUGCCGUCAUAACUACUAUCAAUAGCGAUGAAGUUUGGUUUAAGAGACAAGAUGGCAGCAAAUCCAAACUAUACAUUUCUCAGCUCCAAAAAGGGAAAUAUAGCAUCAAGCACAUCUGACUACCAAAUACAUUGGAGUCAAUGCAAGACCUUUGGGGAUCAAAACUGUGCCAAGUCAUGGGAAGUCUGUUGACCUGCUCUUAUGACUAUUAAUUUCAAGUAUUAUCAGGAAUGUCUGUGAGCAUGUAGUGUAUGACUUCAUGACCGUGUGUGAAUCUGUACGUACAGUAUUGUGUAUACUAUCUCAAGAUAAUCAUUUAUGGGUAAAAAAUGUUUGCAUAUCUUGGGUACAAUGUCUGAAAUACCUCCUGACCUCAAUGAGCAAUGUACAUCUUACAGAUGAGCUGUCCCAGUACUCUGCACAAGGAUGUCUAAAGGUACUCCUAGACGUUUCAUGCCAUGGUUUAAUACAAAGCACU